CUUGCUUUGAAACUUGAAAGAUGAAAGAAAGAGGUGUGCUACAAAGGCGUGUUGCUCCUAUCACCUAGCACGGCAGUGCCAGCUCCAUUUCAAAGAUGUCAUGGAGGAUUGCACAGACAGGCUGCAUGUACAUAUCUUUGAAGGCGUCGAGAGGUCUUGACAUUGUUCCCCUUUGUCGAUGGCUUCAAACAUUUCGAAGCUGGUCAGGAUAAGCAAGGGUUGCUAGAGAGUUCCCCACCGCUUCACAAGAAGAGUUUAGGUGCUCACCCCAGCUCAAAUGGUAGAGGCCAGGCUAGAAGAGUUCUUUUCAACGUCCUGCGUAGCCGGCUGCGAAGCCUGUUAACCAAAGUACUUUGCAAGUUGCUGACCACUUUCAAAAUUGUGCGACUGGCUUUGAUUGAGACACGCUUCAGUGAUGAAAGCUGCAAGAAAAAUAUUGAGAGUCCUUGUGGGGUGCUUCCUGGGGUGCACUGUCAUCAGCGCCCAAGCAAACCCAAGCAAUGGGACUGCAACCGGCCUUCCAACAGCGGACCCCAAUUCUGUGCGAGGGCGUGGGACCGCACCAUACCUUAUCACCAACAACACAGGCAAUGUGAAAGUUUGGCCGGCCUUGGCAUUGAAUGGCCGCAACAUUGCUGCCACGACAGUCUCGCUCGUUGGAGGGGCCCUGGCCAAUGCAGCUGGUGUGGGCGGCGGGGGCCUGUUUGUGCCCAUGUUCAACCUGCUGCUGGGCUUUGACGCCAAGUCAGCCACGUCCCUGUCGCAAGCCAUGAUCACAGGGGGCGCCAUUACGUCCUUCUUCUACAACCUCAUGCUACAGCACCCCACACAGAAGAAACCUCUCAUUGACUAUGACAUUUGCCUGCUACUGGAGCCGGCCCUCCUUCUGGGCAUUGGGGCAGGGGUGGUGCUCAACGUCAUCUUCCCGUCCUGGAUCAUCGUGAUACUGCUGACGCUUCUUCUCACUUACAUGUCGUACCGAACCACGAGCAAGGGCAUCAGCACGUGGAAAGCGGAGACCAAGAAGGCGCAAGCGGCGCCUCCUCCGGGCUCUCUCUCCUCCAUGAUGGACCACUCGCUCUCAGACCACGAGAUGCAAGUCAUUUCCAACGAGCACAGGCAGUCCCCCCCCGACAACGUCGUCCUUGCCGCGGCUGCGCGCGCGUCCAUCAGCGCGAACCUGGAGGUGGCGGGUGAGAACGAGGUCGCGCUCUCGAUGCCGCACAGCCCCGUCUCGGCGGGCGGCCAGGAAGUCGGCGAGGCGCCCUUCCGAAGGCGGUGGAGGAGAACUAGCAAGGCCAAGCUGAUGUUUGACACGUCGCUCAUCCCUCGGCGACGACUGUUUGAGGUGCUCCUAGUGUGGCUGGCCUUCCUCGUCGUAUCGGUGCUCAAGGGCGGCAGCAAGACCCCGAGCGUGGUGGGCGUGCGCAGCUGCCAGCCGUGGUACUGGUCGCUGUCCGCGCUCCAGGUUCCGCUGGCCAUUUUCUGCACGGCCCUCGUGGCGCGCCGCCUGGGGCAGCAGCACCACAAGCGGCUCUCCGACGGCGACGACUACCACCCGGACGAGCUGCACUUCGGGCCCAGGCAGCUCGUGACGUACCCGCUCAUCGCUCUAGUUGCAGGGGUGAUCGCGGGGCUGCUCGGGAUAGGCGGCGGUAUGAUCGUGGGUCCGCUGUUGCUGGAGCUGGGCAUGCUGCCGCAGGUGACGGCCGCCACGGGCGCCUUCAUGGUGCUCUUCUCCUCCUCGCUCGCGGUCGCGCAGUUUGCGCUGCUACACAUGAUCCCACUCUACACCGCGCUGUACUACGGCGCGGUGUGCGCGCUGUCGGGGUACAUCGGGCUGAGCGUGGUGCGGUACCUGGUGAAGAAGUCGGGCAAGAGCAGCCUCAUCAUCUUCUCGCUCGCCAUCAUCAUCGCCCUCAGCGCCGUCGUCAUCGGCAUCUUGGGAGGCAUCAAAAUCGCCCACGACUUCCGGACUGGAGCAUACAUGGGUUUGCAGAAACUCUGCUAGUCAAAACCUCUGCACCAGAAUGAGGCGCCUAGAGCUUUUGUUCAGACAGCUACUCUUGCAAUUAGAUGCUCGCUGGCUUUUGAGUUGUUGCAUGCGUCUGGCCUUGACUUUGAUAAGAUCUGACUAACAGGAGAUAAAGACAGUGCAUUGCUGUAGGAACCGGCCGGCCCAAGAUAAUAGUAACGGCCCGAGCUUCAAUCUGGAUGGAACACCCUGAGUGUUAUGGUAGGCUCCAUUAUGAUCAUACGUGAAUAUCUAGAAAUUUGAGCGAAACCAGCGUAAAUGACAAUCUGAUCCGCAUAACAGUUACUUAAAUGAAAGUUGGACACAUGUUCCCAGUCAAAUGUGGAGGCGCAGCUCAGGCUGGUACUGAGUUUGCGGCCCGGCCGUGUCAGGUAACAACAGAAUACUCUUAAGCUCAGGAGCUCAAAGAAAGUAG